GCUCCUGAUGGAAGGAAGGGGUUAUGUGUUAAAAUUUAACUUGGCUGCUCCACUCCAUAAUUUCCGAGUGCCGAGAUACACGUGGGACGGAGUACGUGGUGGGCGCAGCACAGAUCUUGGCAUUUGAUUUGAUUAUUACUCCAAACGAAACUGAUCCCAACAACAAAUCAUGAAAAGUUGACAAAAACCUACUCCACCACUGUCCUCCUCACAAAACCUUUUCUUUAAUCGAGCCUUCUUGCGGUUUUCCCAUCUGGGUACCUCUAUAUACUGAAAAAAUACAGGGCACUGUAUAGUGAGUUUACAACACUCCUCAUAGGCUCAUACCCAUCAAUUCUUGAUAUUACUCCGCCGCAUCUUUUUUGUUUUCGCCAGACCUUGGGUAGUAUCGUCCCAGGUUAUCUUUCUAAUUGAGAAUGGGAGGCUCAUUCGGCAAGGGUGAUGCGUCCAAGGCCUGUAUAACAGAAACAAAGCUGGAGACCAAAAUGGUAGAAGCCAUGCAGCGAAGAGCAUCUGAAGGAAGUUCAAUGAAAUCAUUCAACAGCAUAAUCUUGAAAUUUCCCAAAAUUGAUGAGAGCCUGAGAAAGUGCAAAGAUAUCUUCAAGCAAUUUGAUGAGGAUGGAAACGGUGCAAUAGAUCCGCAAGAACUGAAGCAUUGUUUCCAAAUACUAGAGAUUAAUUGUACUGAGGAAGAGAUUAAUGAUCUGUUUGAGGCAUGCGAUAUCAAUGAUGAUAUGGGAAUGAAGUUCAAUGAGUUCAUUGUGCUUCUGUGCCUUGUUUAUCUUCUGAAGGAGGACCCAUCUGCCCUUCAUGCUAAAACACGGAUGGGGAUGCCAAAUUUGGAGGCAACCUUUGAAACAUUGGUUGAUGCAUUUGUGUUCUUGGACAAGAACAAGGAUGGAUAUGUUAGCAAGAGUGAGAUGAUUCAGGCAAUAAAUGAAACCACUUCAGGGGAAAGGUCAUCUGGUCGAAUUGCCAUGAAAAGAUUUGAAGAAAUGGACUGGGAUAAAAAUGGAAUGGUGAACUUUAAGGAGUUUCUUUUUGCAUUCACUCGUUGGGUUGGCAUUGAUGACGUUGAGGAUGAAGAAGAAGAGAAUGUCUGAAUUCAAGAUAUUGGUCGGUUUCCUCCAUGUCAACUGCCAGUCAGGGUGAUCAGCAGCUCUGAGAGCAGUCAGAUCCCCCACAAGGUCAACAACAUAAACAUGCAGGAUGAUAACACUUUCCCCGCUAAGUUUGUAUGUAAAUAAUCUCAACAGUGUAGAACCUGUUGUAGUUGCUUUUAGUCAUGACAUAAAAGACUGCUCCAUGCUUGACAUGUUAAUCUGUGCUGUAUUGAAGCCAAUAUUUCCCACCUUUUACGGGUAAAACCGCAAGGAUACUUUUGAUAUCAGUACUGAUUUUGGAAAGAAUUCGAAAA